CUCAAUUUUUCAUUUAAUAGAUUAAAAAAAAAAUUACUCAGUCUAACUCGUUUUGGAUGGAUUACUGACUGACUCACCAAGCCGUCCUACAGUACAGAGAGAAGAAAAAGGGAAGCUUCGGUUAAAUUUUCAAAGUCAAAUCACACAAAGCUAAGCAUAAAACCCCUCAUUCUCAACUGCCUUGUUUGUUUGUAUAAUUUCUUUUUUUUUUUUCUUUUCCCUUCUUUGUUUCUGUCAUGAACUCCAUUACCGCGUCCUCCAGUUCUGCCACCCCAGGAUCUGCUGAUUCUUCUGCUCCCAGAAGGAAUUCCAAGCGUCCCAAGUAUUCAAGGUUUACUCAACAGGAGCUUCCAGCUUGCAAGCCUAUCCUCACACCACGAUGGGUGAUUUCAACAUUUUUGCUUGUUAGCAUUGUAUUCAUUCCCAUUGGAGUUGCUUCCCUCUUUGCUUCCCAAGAUGUUGUUGAAAUCGUUGAUCGAUAUGAGACUGAAUGCAUACCACCAGCCAAUAGAAGUAAUAAGGUUGGAUUUAUACAAAGCACGGCAGAUAAAACUUGUGAGAGAAGAAUAAAAGUGACAAAGCAUAUGAAGAAGCCAGUCUAUGUGUACUAUGAACUUGACAAUUUCUACCAGAAUCAUCGCAGAUAUGUCAAGAGCCGAAGUGAUGCACAGUUGAGAGAUCCAAGUAGUGCAAGUGAAACAAGUGACUGUAAGCCUGAAGACAUUGCAAAUGGAAUGCCUAUUGUGCCCUGUGGACUUAUUGCCUGGAGUUUAUUCAAUGAUACUUACAGUUUUUCCCGUAACAAUAAAUCAUUGGGGGUGAACAAGAAGGAUAUCUCAUGGAAGAGUGAUAGGGAUAGCAAGUUCAGCAAAAAUGUUUUUCCUAAAAAUUUUCAGAAUGGAACCCUUAUAGGUGGUGCAAAGCUCAAUGAAUCCAUACCAUUGAGCGAGCAGGAGGACCUUAUUGUUUGGAUGCGAACUGCAGCCUUGCCAACUUUCAGGAAGUUGUAUGGAAAGAUAGAGGAGGACCUCCAACAAGAUGAUGAAAUAAUUGUAACACUGAAAAACUACUACAAUACUUACAGUUUUAAUGGCAAGAAGAAGCUUGUUCUCUCAACUACUAGUUGGCUUGGUGGAAAGAAUGACUUCCUUGGCAUUGCUUAUCUAAGUGUUGGAGGGUUGUGCUUCUUUUUGGCUCUGUCAUUCACUGUUGUGUAUCUGAUCAAGCCAAGGCGACUUGGAGAUCCUUCAUAUUUGUCUUGGAACAGAAAUCCUGGAAGCCACUAAGCAAAUUUAUGUAAGCUCAUCAGGGGUACUGGCCAUGUCAGUUGAUGUAAUUUUGUGUGUGAAUGUUCAAAUGAUUUUAUCCUCUUUGAAAAGUCUCUUGUUAUUUAAUUAAAUUUUGAGCAAUAGCAUGAUUCACUCAUUUAUGUAAAAAUGUGAAAUAGCUCAAUACAAUUAUUAGUUUCCUCAA